UUUUCCGCCAUCAUCAUAUCAUGCUUUUAUCUCCCAUUCUUGCUCAUAAACUUCCAUUGCCACUCUUAUUUAUACACCUGAUUUGAUAGCCCUCCGUUCCAGUCUCCCUCCCCAAUCCCACUCUUUCUUCUACACCCUUCCCGCCCUUUCUUGAUCCACUCUGGAGGGUUUAUCAGCACCAUCCAAUUUCAUCAAGUGGGUCUUAACAAUUUGAGUUUUUGAUCGCUUAAUUUCGUUCCUUUAUCCGAAAACUUUUCUGGGUUUUGGUUUAUUUCCCAGUUCUAUUUUAUGUGGUUGAAUUUAGGUGGUUCUAGAGUUCAUGGUUGGGUAGUAAAGUCAGUUGCUUUUUUUUUUUUUUUUUUUUUUUUUUUUUUUCAAUAUUCUUUUGAUUCCAGAAAAAGUUGUUCUCAUCUCUAGAUACGCCAGUAUUAUGCUAUAGUGGAAAAGGUGUUUUUAUUCCCAGUAUAUGAUUCUGAAUUCUUUAAAAAUCUGAUCUUUUUGCAUAUAUCUCCAUCACCGGCCCCUAAGAUGCUUGUAGUAUUUCCCCUGUGGAAAUGAAGGGUUCAGUUGUGGUGAACUGAGUGUUUUGGGGUUGAGGAAGGGGAGGGUUUUGGGGAGUUUUUAGGUAUGGAAUCCUUGUUGAUAUCACGUCCCAGCUGGUUGAUUCAUCAGAGCAAGAGCACAAGAUGGACUAAAGAAGAGAACAAGCUUUUUGAGAGUGCUCUUGCAAUGAUUGAUGAGAGAAAUCCUGACAGGUGGUUUAAGGUUGCUGAUAUGAUCCCUGGGAAGUCAGUGUAUGAUGUGUUGAACCAGUACAAAGAACUGGUGGCAGAUGUUAGUAAUAUCGAAGCUGGACUGGUCCCGAUCCCGGGUUACUUAGCCUCCCCUUUCGCGUUGCAGUUGGUGGAUGAUCGCGGAUUUGAGGUGCAUAGGAAGCGAGGGAGGUCUUGUGAUCACGAACGGAAGAAAGGCGUGCCUUGGACAGAGGAGGAGCACAGGCGGUUUCUGAUGGGGCUACAGAAGUAUGGAAAAGGGGACUGGAGGAACAUUUCGCGUAAUUUUGUGAUCUCCAAGACACCAACUCAGGUUGCGAGCCAUGCCCAGAAGUAUUUUCUGAGGCAACAUUCAGGAGGGAAGGACAAGAGGAGGCCUAGCAUCCAUGACAUCACAACAGUCAAUGUCGCGGAGACAAAACAUUCUCUCUUGGACGAGAAAUCCCAGAAUGUUCCUGUUCUGGUCUCGAGGUCUGCUAGCAUGCCAGAAAUGUUAGGCUGGAAUUUCCCAGACGAUGGAGCUCUGAUGGCUUCGGUCUUCAGCUCGCCCCAGGGUAGUCAGUUCAUGUCGUAUCCAUCAGAGAUCGCUUACGCUAAGCUGGGAUUCCAGAUUCCACCAACCAGGUACCAGAUAAGAGGCUAAACCAUUCUCUUUUCCCCUAUUACAGACUGAAAAAAAAAACUCUAAAUCUUGUGGAUCUUUUGUUCCUUUAUCCUGCUGUAAUGCUUAAUCUGCCCAGUGAAUCUGGUAAAUGAAUGAUUUUUGGUGGCCAAAGGAUAUGAUAAUCAAGUGAUUUUUGUAUA